AGAGCUAGAGCAGAGCUAAAGCGCGCGGCAAAGUUAAAUAAUUGAGUAAUUAUGGAGGAACAAAACGACACUUCCGAAAUUCCUAUGGAGAGUCAAGAUACAGCUGCUGUUAUAGAUCUGACGGAGUUUGAUAAGAACAAUAGUGGAAAUGCCUUUAUUCAAUCUGAAAUACCCCAGAUUUGCAAAGAUGAGCCUUGUUGUUUUGGAAUCGACGAAGCUGGCAGAGGUCCCGUGCUUGGUCCCAUGGUCUAUGGAACAAGUUUCUGUCCACUGUCCUGGAAAGAACAACUUGGAGACCUUGGCUUUGCAGAUUCCAAGACUCUAAAUGAAGAACAGAGAGAAGCAUUGAUGAAGAAAAUCCAAGAUGCUAGUGACCAUAUGGGGUAUAAGAUUGAGAUCCUCUCACCAAACUUCAUUGCAAAUGCUAUGCUUAGAAGGAGUAAACAUAGUUUGAAUGCUGUAUCGAUGGACUCAGCCAUUGGUUUGCUCAGGUUAGCACUAGCUGAUGGUGUCCAAGUGAAAGAGGUAUAUGUUGAUACUGUAGGGGAUGCUAAGAAGUACCAGGAUAAACUAUCCGGUCUCUUCCCUGACCUUGAGAUCACCGUCACACCAAAGGCUGAUGCCAAGUUCCCCAUUGUCAGUGCUGCUAGUAUAUGUGCGAAGGUCACGAGAGAUAGAGCAACGACUGGAUGGAAGUUUGUUGAGAAGAGUGAUAUUGAUACUGAGAACUAUGGCAGUGGAUAUCCUAGUGAUCCUGCAACCAAGAAGUGGCUUGCUGGAAAUGUUGAUCCUGUCUUUGGAUUCUCACAGUUUGUACGCUUUAGUUGGUCUACGGCAAGCACUAUCUUGGAUGACAAGGCCUUCCCUGUGCAAUGGGAAGAUGAUGAUGAAGAGGAUGAAGCAGCUAAAGGAAGUGCCUCACUGCUGACGUUCUUCGCUCCGAAGAGUGCAGACCCUCGACAGAAGAAACACCAAUUCUUUAAUGAGAGAGACUUGAAACAAGUCACUGUAAUGUGAUUUGUAACUGGAGUACUAGUUGAAGAAGUGUCUGUCUGCUACUGUUCACCAUUCUCAAAGAGUGUAGUCCUGCAAUAGGAACAUCAAUUCUUCAACAAGAGCGACUUGAACAAGUUACUCUUCUGUGAUCUGGACCAAGAGCGGGCUAACAUUCUUUGGCCCAAGAGUGCAGACAUUCGCCAGAAAAAAUACAAAUUCUUCGAGAGAGCGAUAUGAAACAAGUUAAUGUGAUAUGAUGUAGAACUAGAGCAUCAGCUGAAGGAAACACCUUGAGUGCACACCCUCUGAAAAAGAAACUCCAAUUCUUCAAUGAGAGAGACAGAUCACUGUGAUGUGAUGUGGAACUGGAGUUCCUAAAUUUAACAAAAUGAAAGGGUCAUUUUCUGUGAAAGGGCAAAAUGUGUGUCAUUUACAUAGACCUCCAAGCAAUAUCAUGUCUCUUAAAGCGUGAGCAUUUAUAUAUAUUUGGGGCUGUUCCUCAGACUUAAGUGUGAGUUAUGGCCACCACACACCCUAUGAUUGGUCUCCAGCUCGAUUUUUUAGUAAUUUUUUUUUAUAUUGAUGUGAACAUUGGAACAUAAAACAUUUGUCCAAAGUAAUGAUUAAUUAAAUUUAUGAAUAUUGCGUUAAGAGUGUAACAUCGAAGGAAUUCAAAUUUGAUUGUUAAGUCAUGGCAAACAUACAAUAUGCUACAAUUUAAAGCAAAUGUGGACCUUACUGCAAACUGAAGGCUCGCUGUAAUCUUUCACAAAAUUCAAAAUUGAUAUUCUGGUAGUUAUGUGGCUACAUGACCCUGGGGAGCAGAUGGUUUUCAGGGGAUGCUGCGUAUGUAUGUAAUUUACCAUAGGCAGCACUUCUAAAAAUCAAUUUGACCAGGUUAUUGCUCCCAAAAUGAUGAUUUGGGAUACUGGGAGCAAUAACUGUUAACCUAUUUUUUUGCUUGUCAUCACCCCCCCCCCCCCCCCCCCCCCGACGACUACCAUCUGAACAAAACCCCUGCACCCCCUAUUUAAAAAUCAUUCCCAGGGCGCUGUAUGACUGGUGCUUUGAUGGCCCGUUAAAUUAAAACCAAAAUGAAAGGUUUUGGAAGAAACCAUAUAAAUUUAAUAUUCAACCUGUAUCAUUUUGUAAGCUUUCUUUAUAGUAUGUAUGUAAUGGUAGGAAUGAAAGCUGUUUUCUCUUUUGCUUUUUCAACUUGCGCUUAUGGUGCUGGGGGUGGGGGGUGAAUAAAAGAAAUUAUCACAAUUUAUGAAAAGCUCAGCUUAGAAAGUUAUUUUUAUGUGUCCUGAAAAUAGUAUGAUUAAAUACAAUUCCCAAUUGUCAAUUCAUCACGGAGGAUCAUGUAAAAUAACAAUCCAGAAAUACAUGUUCUACAAUGUACAGAAACUAUUUACAGCAUAUGACAUCAUCCAUAAGUUGCACACUGCAACCAUUUUCCCGAUGUAUACAUACAUGCAGUCAAAUCUGCAUAGGUUGACCUGUAAGUCGAAUUCUUCCCAAGUCAAACCACUGGUCCCAAGAUAUUCAACUUAGACAGACUUCCCUGUACAUUUACCAUGUUUUCCAACCAGAAAAUCUAGCUGUAUAUGAAGGUGAAUCUGCCCAAAUUGAAAUUGUUUUUUAACUUCCAUGGAAUUCUAUAGGUUGACUUAUACUGUCAUACACAUGAUAACAAUACAAAGACAAGAUGCUAUAAAUUGUGGUUAGCAUAGAGUAUAUUUA